AUGUCAACAAACACUUGUUCAAGUACAUCAACAACAGAUCUCUAUCAACGUCAUAUAAUUUGUUCAGAUUCAUAUUCUCAAACAAUGACGAAUGAACAUAAUGAUGAUGAUUAUGCAAAUUAUGAAGAAACUUUUCUUCAAAAACCUUCAAUAUUGAUUCAUAAAAAUAAUAUUAAAAAAUCUGACCAAACAGUAUUAUGUCGAAUAAAUCGGUAUUCAAUUGGUUGUUGGACAAAACCAGCUUAUUUACUUACCAAUUGA